CGCCGUUUCAUUCUCUCAAUCUUCAUUACCCAUUUCUCUUUCCAUCAUUCCCGGCAUAAACCCUACUCCAAAAAGCAUCAAAGAUCGCAGCUUUCCUCUCAAUUCCCCGUUUCUGCUCAAGAAGCAUGAAGAAACCGUAUCUGGGUUCUCUUCUUUUCCUCUUUUUUCUCCUCUCUUUCAUUUUCCAUGUCCACUCUCAGUCCACCCCCGAUGCGGCAGCCAUGCAGGCACUCAAGUCCAGCCUCAAAAUUCCAUCUUCACUUGACUGGUCUGACUCCAACCCUUGUAAUUGGGCAGGGGUUCAGUGUCCUUCCGGUACUAAUCGGGUCACCCGGAUCCAAAUACCCGGCAAGAACGUCGCAGGAACCCUGCCGCCUGAUCUCAAGAACCUCUCUGCUUUGAUAGUUUUCGAGGUCAUGAACAAUCAGCUCACCGGAGCCAUCCCGAGUCUCGCGGGUCUGAGCUCAUUGCAGGAAGCCUAUUUUCACGACAACGAUUUCACCUCAUUCCCUGCUGAUUUCUUCACGGGAUUGACUUCUUUACAGACUGUGGUGCUUGAUUACAACCCCUUUGCGCCUUGGGAGAUUCCGUCCAGUCUCAAGGAGGCCACCGCCUUGCAGAGUUUUUCCGCUGUCAGAGCUAAUCUCACUGGGACGAUCCCGGACAUCUUUGGCUCCGGUACUUUUUCUAACCUGAUUCAAUUGCAUUUGUCCUUCAACCAGCUUGAGGGAGGACUGCCGGCUUCCUUCGCGGGUUCCAUGAUUCAGUCUUUGUGGCUAAAUGGGAUGAACCUCAACGGUUCAAUUCAAGUCUUGCAGAACAUGACUUCUUUAACUGAGGUAUGGUUGCAUGGAAACCAAUUUGCCGGUCCCUUGCCAGAUUUUUCGCAGUUAACCCAGUUGGCGAAUUUGAGUUUGAGGGAUAACCAGUUUACUGGUGUUGUACCUAUGUCUUUGGUUGAUUUACAGUCCCUCUAUGUUGUCAAUUUGACAAAUAAUUUGCUUCAAGGCCCUACCCCUAAGUUUGCCGCUCCCUUUGUUGAUAAUGCUGGUACUAAUAGUUUCUGCUUGAGUGAUCCUGGUGCUAGUUGUGAUAAGCGCGUUAAUAUAUUGUUAUCUAUUGUGGAAGCUGUGAGUUACCCUGCUACUUUAGCUGCAAAUUGGAAAGGGAAUGAUCCCUGUAGUUCAUGGAGGGGGAUCACGUGCAAUUCUAAUGGGAACAUAACAGCAGUUAAUUUUAAGAACUUAGGGCUCUCCGGUACGAUUUCUUCUAAUUUCUCAAUGCUUACUUCAUUGACAACUUUGGAUCUCUCCAAUAAUAAUCUCACUGGCACAAUACCAUCCGAGCUCACAAACCUGGCUAGUCUCAGUAAGCUGGAUGUUUCAAACAACAAUCUUUAUGGUAAAGUACCAACAUUCAAGCAAAAUCUGGAUGUCAUAACUGCCGGGAACCCAAACAUAGGAAAAAAUGCUCCCCCACCUCCUGCUUCUCCUGGCACACCUGAUAGUACCGGUGGAGGUAGUCCUGCUAGUAGCCAAAAGAAAUCACAAACAGCAAAGGUUGUGGGUUCUGUGGUAGGUGCUAUUUGUGGAUUGGGUCUUGUUGGAAUUGGCAUCUGCAUGUAUGCUAGAAAACGAAAGCACUCAAGUAAGGUACAAAGCCCUAAUACUGUGGUGAUACAUCCCCGUCAUUCUGGUGAUCAAGAACAGGUUAAGAUUACUGUUGCUAGUUCCAGUGUUAAUGGUGGUGGAAGCGAAACUUACAGCCAAGUAAGUAGUAGUGGACCUAGUGAUAUUCAUGUGGUUGAGGCUGGAAAUAUGGUCAUAUCAAUUCAAGUUUUGAGGAGUGUCACCAAUAAUUUUAGUGAGGAAAAUAUUUUGGGACGAGGUGGCUUUGGUACGGUCUACAAAGGAGAAUUGCAUGAUGGGACAAAGAUUGCUGUGAAAAGAAUGGAGUCAAGUAUUGUGAAUGACAAGGGUUUGGCAGAGUUUAAGUCUGAGAUUGCAGUUCUUACUAAGGUUCGUCACCGUAAUUUAGUCGCUCUUCUUGGAUAUUGUCUGGAUGGAAAUGAGAAGCUUCUAGUGUAUGAGUACAUGCCCCAAGGCACUCUUAGUCUUCAUCUAUUCAACUGGAAGCAGGAACGUUUGAAACCACUUGAGUGGACCAGACGGCUUACAAUUGCCUUGGAUGUGGCUCGAGGGGUUGAAUACCUACAUGGUCUGGCACAUCAAAGCUUCAUACAUCGUGAUCUCAAGCCAUCCAAUAUUCUUCUUGGAGAUGAUAUGCGUGCCAAAGUAGCAGAUUUUGGCUUGGUUCGUCUAGCUCCAGAUGGUGGAAAACAUUCAUUUGAAACAAGGCUUGCAGGGACUUUUGGGUAUUUGGCUCCAGAAUAUGCAGUUACUGGACGAGUGACUACGAAGGUGGACGUGUUUAGCUUUGGUGUAAUCCUCAUGGAAUUGAUCACUGGCAGAAAGGCACUUGAUGAUACCCAGUCAGAGGAUAGUGUACACCUUGUGACAUGGUUCCGUAGGAUGUACAUUAACAAGGAUACAUUCCGAAAGGCCAUAGACCAGACCAUUGAACUUGAUGAGGGGACACUUAGCAGUGUAUGCACAGUGGCUGAGCUUGCUGGUCAUUGUUCCGCAAGAGAGCCUACCCAGAGGCCAGACAUGAGUCAUGUAGUCAAUGUGUUGUCAUCGCUAGCUGAUGCCUGGAAACCAACAGAACUUGAUUCUGAUGACCUGUAUGGAAUUGACUUUGACAUGACCUUACCACAAGCAUUGAAAAAGUGGCAAUCUAUUGAGGGAGAUAGCAAUAUAGAAGAUUCUUCUUCAUUCUUUGGUAGCACGGAAAACACCCAGACCAGCAUACCUACCCGGCCGUCUGAUUUUGCCGUUUCAUUCAGCACGGAGGAUGGGCGGUAAGAGCAGACAAAAGAAAGAGGAUGAAGUUAGUUUGGCUGUUCAUUGAUGGUUCUUAGAGAUCUAGCUUGUUCAUUCCAUCUGCAUGUUUCUUCUUCUAAGGAUUGCUCUGUUGCCAUAUUUACCUAAAGGGAGGAAGUACCUCCCAUUAUCUCUGUAUCUUCAACAGCUUUAUUUUAUCUCUCUUAUGUUUUGGCAGCUUUUGAUGAAAUACAAUCAAGAACAGAUGUUUAAUAUAUAUUUCUUUGGGAAUUUUUUUGAAAAUG